AUGGCCGAUCUUGCUCCAGCACCGUCCGCCACUUCCGCCACAUCCGCCACAGCCACACGGGUCAAGUCAUACACUUCGACGGCGAGCCAUCUUGCCUACCCACGCGGACAUUUGGGUUACUUGAGCGUCCACGAGGAGGAUGCGCUGGCGAAUUUCAAGCAAGUUUUAGAGCAGAGGGGGGCUUGGAAACGGGGGCCGCCUGCCAGUCACGAUGAUCAGACAUUGCUGCGAUAUUUGCGGGCACGACGGUGGGUGGUCAACGAUGCGUAUAAGCAGUUCAAGGACACCGAAGUCUGGAGAGCAGCCAACAACAUCGAGACUUUGUAUCGGACGAUUGAGCUGGAGGCAUAUGAACAAAGCCGGAGAUUGUAUCCUCAAUGGACUGGGCGUCGUGAUCGCCGCGGGAACCCCCUUUACGUUUAUGAAAUGAGGCACCUCAACUCCCAGACUGUCUCGGAAUACGAGCGAUCGGGCGCCAAGUCAACCUUUUCCGACGCCAAGACUGACGGCAAAACACCCCCAGGACUCCUGCGCCUGUUUGCCUUGUACGAGAACUUGACACGGUUCAGUCAGCCUUUCUGCACGCAGCUCUCCGACCGAGAGUGCCCCGACGUGCCCGUUUCCAUGAGCACCAAUAUUAUCGAUGCCUCGGGCGUCGGGUUGAAACAGUUUUGGAACUUGAAAAACCACAUGCAGGCAGCCAGCCAGCUCGCCACGGCGCACUACCCGGAGACGUUGGACAAGAUCUUUGUCGUUGGCGCGCCCCCGUUCUUCGGCACGGUCUGGGGGUGGAUCAAGCGCUGGUUCGAUCCCAUGACGGUAUCCAAGAUUUUUGUUCUGAGCCCGCACGAGGUGAAGCCCACGCUUGAGGCCUUUAUCGAGCCGAGGAAUAUCCCCAAAAAGUACGGUGGUGAGCUGGACUUUGGGUUUGGCCGGCCAUGCGUUCCAGAUCCCUCGUGGGAUGGCGUGGUCUCGUGGGAAAACGGAUAUACUUCGUUCCCAUCCGGGCCCCUGUCGUGGGAAGAGGUGGACGACGGACAGCGGGUCGCGUGCGUUGCGUUGGGGAAAGAGGGCGGGAAGCCCCGGAACGUGAUAAUCUGCACCAUGCCGAAAUUGUGGCCGCCUAGGAUGGACGAGCGUGACAGUCACCAGACGGAGAGCGAAAAGGCGACGACAAACCAGGGAUCCGAGCCAACGCAAGCUGCUCAGGGAGCGAUGGACGAGGGUGACGAGACAGUCGGGGCUUUUACAAAUGGUCAUUUUGAGGAGAAGAUGAGGCUGGCGGGGGAAACGAAUGAGAGCGCGUCCUUGGCUCAGACCGCCACAGCGGCUUAG